UGAAAUAUAUCCAGGAAACAAAACCGAUCUGAUAGAAGCAUCAACCAUUAUCUCAACCUACAUUCAAUCUCAAUCCCUCGGCGAAGAAAGUCAUGAAACAGAUGAUCCAUGUAAUGAGCUUUCCGAUGAUGAAUUCUCAUCUCAAUAA